AUUCGCUGCGACUCGUCGAAUCCGUUAUCCGAUUAUCUCAUGCCAUCUUCCAUACCACGUGCGCGCGACGACAUGGUCAUAACCUCCUCCGGAGGAUGGAGAAGGACAUGCUUAAGGCCCUCGUCGGCUUUUACUCCGGCCUCCAGACAAUUCAGGGGAAAUGGGCAGAAAGGUGCGAGAGCGUCAGAGACAGCCUCCAGGGACUCCAAAAUUUCUCAGAGCAACUUGGCCAUGUGUUCAGUAAGGAGAUCGACAAUGCAGAGAUCUGUGGAAUUGAGAAUAUGCGGGAAAAAUUGGCAUUCAAAAUUGAUCUUCGGAUGGAGGAGGAGAUCUCCAGAAUACGGGGAACUAUUCAGAGUCUGGGGGAGCUCAAUCAGGAGUUGAAGAACAAGUUGAUUCACUUGGAGAAAGUGAGGAGUGGGGUCUUUGUGAAUGACCCCAGCAUGAAGGAGAUUGUGCAGGGAACCCCGUCCAGACCGAGGCUGAAUCUACUUUUAGAGUGGGCAAUCGAUGCACAGCAUUAUUAUCAGCAACGAUAUACCGAAAUCAAUGAGAGCUUCAAGGCUAUUGAUAAAGGGAAACGAGAGACCUUUGUGGAAUUGAUGGAAGCAUUUCAAAGGCACGGAGAGAAGGCAAAGCUUGAUCGAAUACUUGGCUUCACGCAGUAUCUGGCAAAAGAAAAAAUUCGAUGAGAUCUGUUAAAACUCUUCCAAUAAAUGUAUAUUUUUAAUCAACCA